AUGCUGGAGUACACAGACCUGUUGGAGUUGACACUGUUGGUGCGACAUCUGCCGUCGAUCCUGACCGACGACGAGAAGGCCAGUCUUUUAAAGGCGUUCGGCGCCGAAAGGGUGAGGGUGAUGCAGUCACGAGGGCAUAUGAAGGACUGCGCUUUCGCCUCUUUUCACGACCACGCAUCUACCCGGACGGCGUUGUUAAUGCUGCAUCAGCUGGAUGUUCUUGGCAAACGACUUGUGGUGACGUACGCGAGGCCUGAACAAGCGCACUUCAUACCGAAGGUUCUGGCCGGUCCAGAGUGUUCGUUAACUUCAGCGAAGGAUGUGCCUGCUGCAACGACGUCUUGUUGUUGUGAGGAAGUGAGAAAUUUUGUGAGACAGACCAACUCAAUCACUCGUACCUCACGACCCGCCGCUCAACUUCCGCUUUGCUUGUCUUAUGAAUAUCCUCCGGCAAACAAGCGCAUAAUCGAACGGAUCGGAAGCUGUCUCAUGACUUCCGUGCCGUUUUACGUACAGGUACUGCAUCUGAUGAAUAAGAUGAAUUUGCCAUGUCCAUUCUCCGAUAGUGAUUCUUACGCAAUUCCGCAUUCAGACGGUUCUCACGAUAUGGAAGUGACAACCGCCAGCGCGAUGAUGGACGAUGCUUCUUCUGUGGAAACUGAACUGUCAAGUGAGGAAGAACCAUCGUCAGGUACUACUGAAUUAAGGCGUUCGCAAAACCGGCCAGCUGCAAGAAAAAUUAGCAACGAGCUUGUAGAGAAACGACGCAAGAAGCUUAAAUGCAUCCUCAGGCAUACAGCGCCAGAAGCGGUCAGGUCAUUCUCAACUAGAACAACAUCUGCUACCGACAUAUGUAAAAAAUCGAUAAAUAUCGUUGUUAACUCCAUCUUCAAUCAAACCAGUGGUGGCGACGUAACGGAGGUCUUGGAUGAGACGGGCAGCUUUGGAAAAUUCAGUCCAAUCAGGAGCCGGACUGUUGAUUUGCACUUACAGAGCGAAUUCGACUUUUCGACUGUUUUCUCAUUAGAGUGGAUACAGAAACGACGUUUGGACAAAACGAAGUUCGACGAAUAUCCCGUUUUCAAGAACUACUCCCACGGAUCUCCAUCGAGCCGGCUGUACAUCAAAAACGUUGCUAAAAAAGUGACAUUGCUCGACCUCAAACGUAUAUAUGGUAAUUUCGUUGACGUCAGUAUCCCCAGCGAGAUUCAGGCAUUCGACGUGUGCCUGAUGACCAGGGGACGGUUGCGUGGGCAGGCAUUUGUUUCUUUAGCCAACGUCGAUCAGGCUUCGGUUGCUCUACGUUCUACUAAUGGACUGAUGCUCUACGACCAACCGAUCGUCGUGGCCUUUGCAAGGUCACACUUGUAG